AUGACUUAUCCGGGACUAACGGAUGAUGGUCUCGUACGAUACCAUAGCUUGAAGGCCAAUAUUAAGUCUACUGGUCUAGCCACGGUUUGUCAAGAGGCAAAAUGCCCUAACAUUGGAGAGUGCUGGAGUGGAGGCACCGCUACUAUAAUGCUCAUGGGGGAUACUUGUACAAGGGGAUGCCGGUUUUGUGCAGUGAAAACAAGUCGGAAGCCUCCAGCAUUGGAUGCCAGUGAGCCUUCUACUGUAGCAGAGACAAUAUCGAAGUGGAAGGGAGAGGACGGCAAUCAGCUGAGCUACAUAGUAUUGACUAGUGUUGAUCGCGAUGAUGUACUCGAUCAAGGAUCAAUGCACAUUGCCGAGACUGUGAGAAAACUGAAAGAGAAAAUGCCGGAUUUGCUCGUCGAGGCGUUGGUGCCCGAUUUCAAAGGGGACAGCUUCUGUGUGAAGGAAGUAGCGACUAGUGGUCUUGAUGUAUACGCGCAUAACAUCGAGACUGUGGAAAGACUAACACCCUCUGUAAGAGAUCGCAGAGCUGGGUAUCGACAGAGUCUUCGUACAUUGGAAAUGGCGAAAGAGUAUUGCCCUAAGCUUUUGACUAAAUCGUCUAUCAUGUUGGGCUUGGGUGAAGAGGACGUCGAGGUUGAACACGCUAUGAAGGAUCUCAGGGAUUCUGGAGUUGAUGUCGUGACUUUUGGCCAAUAUCUACAACCGACGAAGCACCAUAUGAAGGUGACACGGUAUGUCACCCCUGAGGAGUUCAACAAGUGGAAGAAAAUUGCGGAAAAAAUGGGGUUCAGGUAUUGUGCAAGUGGUCCCUUAGUCCGCAGUAGCUAUAGGGCUGGGGAGUACUACAUGGAAUCAAUGAUUCGAAAUAGGCAGCAAGAAGAAGUGACGCUGUAGUUGACGUGUUUGUUCAGUCGUUAUAUUUUCUA